AUGAUCGUGAUCGUCGUCAUGAGCUUGCUAAUGCGUUUCGCGGCCAGCCCAGAUCGUCAGCAGCGUCAAGUUGAUGCAGCGCCUGCAUCGUCGAGAUGUAGAUGGCACAUGAAUGACUCUCCAGGUGGCCUCCUGCAGCUCAUAGCCUUCAACAAUCUUUCUGACGAGGGCCGCGCAAUCUUCCUCCCGGCCACAGGUCGUAACUUCAGUGAUGUUGAGAGGUUUGCUGUUCUCCAGACCAGGACUUCUUUGCAUA